ACGAUCAGAGGUCUAUCAGAACUUGGAGAGGCUUAUCAUGAAGAAACAGCCACCAAGCAGUCGAGAGACUGCACAAGAUGAACCAGCUCUCUCUUCUCCACCGCGCCCUCCACCUACAUCGCCUCCCUCCCGGACGCGGCCAUGGCCUCACCGCCACCGCCGUCGUCCGAGCUCGGCUCUCCUCCUCUGAACCCACCCCACAUCAGCACGCAAAGCGCCACCUCGCCGUAGCACGUCCUCACGAGAGCAUCGCGGCAGCUACGGAUCAGGAGAGCCACCACCACCCGCGUCAAGAGCUCGCGGCGGGCGGCGGCGGCGGCAGGACCAGGACGUGCGCGCUGCCGACGUGGGCGCUCAUCGGCGGCAUCACGGCGGGCGUGGCCGUGGCGCUGGCGCUGUCUGCGGGGCCGGGGGCCGGCCCCGCCCUGGCGCUGGGGCCGCCGGAGGGCCCCCUGGUGGAGGAGUUCUGGGACAACAUGCGGCGGUACGCGCUGUACGUGGUGACGGUGAGCACCGGGGUGGCGUACGCGGUGCUGCAGCCCAUCGUGGAGCUGCUCAAGAACCCCGUCACCGCGCUGCUCAUCGUCGCCGUCCUCGCCGGCAGCGGCUUCCUCGUCUCGCAGGUGCUCAAUGCCAUGGUCGGCAACUCCGACUUCAUCUACAGGUACGAGUAGGGUAGGCGAGUGUGUGUGGCGCUGAGGCCUCUCCUCCCUGUGCCCGAGAAUGGAGAUAGAGAUGAAACGUGUGACGUGUCAGCGAAUCAUUCGACGGUGUAAUAAGUGUGUAAUCUAUUCGGUUCUUCUUCGAGUUCGGCUUCCUUUUCCAGCUAGAACAGGAACGUGGUUGAAAUUGAAGUGUGUUGCAUCGUUAUGGAGGUCUUGUUUAGACCUUGUUUAGUACACUAAAAAAACUAAAAACAUUUUCAGAUUA